AUGUCCAGGGUACUGGAGUGGUUGUAUAUACAGGUCAGUACCAGAACCUUAUUCAAUGUCCAGGGUACUGGAGUGGUUGUAUAUACAGGUCAGUACCAGAACCUUAUUCAAUGUCCAGGGUACUGGAGUGGUUGUAUAUACAGGUCAGAACCAGAACCAGAACCUUAUUCAAUGUCCAGGGUCCUGGAGUGGUUGUAUAUACAGGUCAGUACCAGAACCUUAUUCAAUGUCCAGGGUACUGGAGUGGUUGUAUAUACAGGUCAGUACCAGAACCUUAUUCAAUGUCCAGGGUCCUGGAGUGGUUGUAUAUACAGGUCAGUACCAGAACCUUAUUCAAUGUCCAGGGUCCUGGAGUGGUUGUAUAUACAGGUCAGUACCAGAACCUUAUUCAAUGUCCAGGGUCCUGGAGUGGUUGUAUAUACAGGUCAGUACCAGAACCUUAUUCAAUGUCCAGGGUCCUGGAGUGGUUGUAUAUACAGGUCAGUACCAGAACCUUAUUCAAUGUCCAGGGUCCUGGAGUGGUUGUAUAUACAGGUCAGUACCAGAACCUUAUUCAAUGUCCAGGGUCCUGGAGUGGUUGUAUAUACAGGUCAGUACCAGAACCUUAUUCAAUGUCCAGGGUCCUGGAGUGGUUGUAUAUACAGGUCAGUACCAGAACCUUAUUCAAUGUCCAGGGUCCUGGAGUGGUUGUAUAUACAGGUCAGUACCAGAACCUUAUUCAAUGUCCAGGGUCCUGGAGUGGUUGUAUAUACAGGUCAGUACCAGAACCUUAUUCAAUGUCCAGGGUCCUGGAGUGGUUGUAUAUACAGGUCAGUACCAGAACCUUAUUCAAUGUCCAGGGUCCUGGAGUGGUUGUAUAUACAGGUCAGUACCAGAACCUUAUUCAAUGUCCAGGGUCCUGGAGUGGUUGUAUAUACAGGUCAGUACCAGAACCUUAUUCAAUGUCCAGGGUCCUGGAGUGGUUGUAUAUACAGGUCAGUACCAGAACCUUAUUCAAUGUCCAGGGUCCUGGAGUGGUUGUAUAUACAGGUCAGUACCAGAACCUUAUUCAAUGUCCAGGGUCCUGGAGUGGUUGUAUAUACAGGUCAGUACCAGAACCUUAUGUGGUUGUGUAUACAGGUCAGUGUGGAUAGUCUGUGGGAGAGGGAGAGCAGACGUUGUUAGGUAUAUAACAGUUGUAUGGACAUUGGAUAGAAGUUUUUUAGGAGUCUGUUGAGUCUUGAUGCACCGGUACCCCCUGCCAGAUGGGAGCAUGGAGAACAGUCAAUGUCUCGGGAAGAUGAAGUCUUUGUGCAUCCCCUCCCUGUUUCCUGCAGUCCUCGAUCAGCUCCUUGGUCUUAUUGACGUGGAGGGAGAGGUUGUUGUCCUGGCACCACACUGCCAGGUCUCUGAUCUCCUGCCUGUAAACUGUCAGCCAGUCAGAUAGUCCAGGAUCCAGUUGCAGAGGGAUGUUUUCAUUCCCAACGUCCUGAGCUUAGUGAUGAGCUUGGAGGAUACUAUGGCGUUGAACGCUGAUCUGUAGUCUAUGAGCAGUAUUCCCCUUGGCCAGGUGUGAGAGGGCAGCGUGGAGUGCAAUUGAGAUGACAUCAUCUGUAGAUCUUUUGGGGAGGUAUGCAAAUUAAAGGCGUCUGGGAUGAUGGAGUUGAUGUGUGCCAUAACCAGCCUCUUUUAAAGCACUUCAUGAUUACAGAUGUGAGUUCAACAGGGUGGUGGUCAGUGUGGCAUGACGCCUUAGAGUUCUUAGGAACAGGAAUGGUGGUCGUUUUGAGACAUGUGGGGGAUUACAGACUGGGACAAGGAAAGGUUGAAAAUGACCACGAAGAUACCAGAUGGUCUGCGCAAGGUCUGAGAACACGGCCUGGAUGUCCUAAUAUCUAGCUGGAUGUCCUAAUGUCUAGCUGGAUGUCCUAAUGUCUAGCUGGGUGUCCUAAUGUCUAGCUGGAUUUCCUAAUGUCUCGCUGGAUUUCCUAAUGUCUCGCUGGAUUUCCUAAUGUCUCGCUGGAUGUCCUAAUGUCUAGCUGGAUGUCCUAAUGUCUAGCUGGAUGUCCUAAUGUCUAGCUGGAUGUCCUAAUGUCUAGCUGGAUGUCCUAACGUGUAGCAGGAUGUCCUAAUUUCUAGCUGGAUGUCCUAAUGUCUAGCUGGAUGUCCUAAUGUCUAUCUGGAUGUCCUAAUGUCUAUCUGGAUGUCCUAAUGUCUAUCUGGAUGUCCUAAUGUCUAGCUGGAUGUCCUAAUGUCCAGCUGGAUGUCCUAAUGUCUAGCUGGAUGUCCUAAUGUCUAGCUGGAUGUCCUAAUGUCCAGCUGGAUGUCCUAAUGUCUAGCUGGAUGUCCUAAUGUCUAGCUGGAUGACCUAAUGUCUAGCUGGAUGUCCUAAUGUCUAGCUGGAUGUCCUAAUGUCUACAUGGAAGUCCUUAAAGUUGUCUCUGGAAAUAGAUAGUCAGUAAACAUACAAUACAUCUACCUAGCCCUUCCUUUAAACUAGCUGACAUUAUCACCCUUCCUUUAAACUAG